AUGUCCGACCUCACCAACAUCUUUACCCCCAACGCCUGCCCUCCUGUGGGUCCCUACUCCCAGGCUGUCAAGGCCAACGGCCAGAUCUUCCUCUCCGGCCAGAUCCCCGCGGACAAGAACGGCAACCUCGUCGAGGGUGACAUCAAGACCAAGACCCAGGCUUGCUGCGACAACAUCAAGGCUAUUUUGGACGCUGCCGGCUCGUCUGUUGACAAGAUCAUUCGUGUCAACGUCUUCCUCGACGACAUGUCCAACUUCGCCGAGAUGAACUCUCAGUACGAGAAGUUCUUCACUCACAAGCCUGCCCGGUCUUGCAUUGCUGCGAAGCAGCUGCCCAAGGGUGUUCCUGUUGAGAUUGAGUGCAUUGCUCUAGCGUAA